AUGGAUUGGAUGCCUAUGUAUUUAGAUAAGGAACUACACUUUGACACAUACCGGGCCAAUGUAUUUGUCAGCAUCAUGGGACUGGGAGGUAUCGCCGGGAAGCUAUUAGCCGGCAAAUGGAGUGAUGCACUCGUACGCAGAGCACCGGUAUCUACCGAUAGGUACCGCUUAGUUAAAGCUAGACUCCCGGUGUCGAUAGGAUUUUUUGUGGUCAACGCCGUUGGCCUACAUUUGCUGUGUUUUGCUACCAGUGCUCAGUCGACGGGGAUUAUAGUCCUGAUAACAGCCCUAUUGAUUGGCAUCACUAUCGCCGGUAAUGUCGUGAAUAUCUCGGUUAUGGGCACUGAGUUGGGACCAAAGGACAUGGCGGGCACCUACUCGGCCAUUAUCACCCUGGCUAGUCUAGUCGGCGGUAUUUUUACGGGACUCCCAUUGACUACAGUAGCGGACUAUUACUCGUGGAAUACGGCAUUCAUUUUCAUUGAAUUGUUGUGUGUUUUCGCGUUUAUAAUCAUUAAUUUG